AUGAGGAAGCUAGCUUCAGCCAACGCUGUGGUGGUAUUUAGCAUCAGCAGUUGCUGCAUGUGCCAAGUGGUCAAGAGCUUGCUCUUCGGCCUUGGAGUGGGUCCCACUAUUGUGGAACUCGACCAGGAAAAGAAUGGCAAGGAGAUGCAAGCCGUACUCUACGUCCUGGUCGGCGACGUUGAACAACCGGUGCCGACGGUGUUCGUAGGUGGCAAAAUCUUAGGUGGCGUUGACACCGUCAUGUCCUCUCAUAUCAAUGGCUCUCUUGUUCCUCUCCUCAAAGACGCUGGUGCUCUCUGGCUCUGA